CGCAUGAAAUUCACCUUACAUAACCACAAAGUUGUGUCUUGCCUGAUCUUACCGAGACGGCAUCAAAGUCGUUGUGUGACGAUCUGUGUAUGUUUACAAACUAAAAACGUGCGCAAGAUAUCUGAGACUCGCAAUAUCAAUCGCGGUCGCGUAGUUAACACAAUGAUUGGUACUUACGAACAAUCUUUCUGCGUUCUUUCACAUGUAUUUAUAUGCAUCUCAUUUGGCUUGAUCCGGUCGCGUGCUACACUUCCAUACGUUUCGUGAAAACGUAUGAUAAUUGCGAGGUAACGAGAUAAUUGCGGUGCUGUCGCUUGAGCUUCGACAGUAGAUACGAUGAUGUUCAUUGAUUCUCGAGGAAAUCGCCGUUUAUUUGCAUCAAAAUAACAAACCGUUCAUUUUACUAUAAAGAUUUAUACAUACAGCAAGCAUGCGUCGAGCACGUAUUAAAGCUUUGGCUGCUGUGCCAGUGCGAAAAAAGACUAUACAAGAUACUGUAGUUUCUUCUGAUGCGAGCGAUGUGCCUGAUAAGGAACAGAAAAUAGAAGAUGUACCUAAUACUGAUAAGCAAGAACAAGAAGCUGUUGAAGAUGUUAUAAAAAUUAAGAAAGAAGAAGACAAAUCUAGUAUUGAUAAACUAGAUGGAGAGUCUAUUAAAAAUGUGGAAGAGAAAACUAUUGAAAAGGAAGAAAGCAAAAAAAUCAAUUUGAUACAACCAGAAGCAGCUGUGACUGAAAUAAUAAAUUCUCAAAAAUUAUGUUCUCCAGUGAAAUCAACUUUUCAAGAACCAUACAUUCAGAUUAACAAAUGUGAGAAAGUUACUAAUCAGUUAGUUCAAAAAAUUGUUCCACCACCAGAUGUGCCUACAGGAAUAGAUAUAGCUUCUCCCACAAAGCUAACACAGAGUCGUUCUUGCUUUAUGAGACCCACACCAAGAUUAGACAGCAGUGGCAGAGUGAGAAAAAAUAGUAUACAGGGAAGCGGCGCGAGUGCGAGCGAAUCCGAAGAUGAGCACGGCAAGAGAGCGGCGUCCGUCGUGUCAAACCGCAUACGAAACGAUUCUGUUUGCUCCGUGCAGAGCAAUAAAGAAAGCGUUAUCAACGAUAGUCAGAAUAAUUCUCCGAAGAUUAAGACAACGCAGAAAAGACGUAUGCUGAUUUCGGAAUCUGCGAGAAGAUUGGCCGAAGCCAGAAGAGAGUUUCUAUUAAAGCACGAAAACAGAACGCCUGAUAGGAGUCAGUUGAAAAUGUACGACUUGAUAUAUUACAAUCCCGUGACGAAUCCUAUGAAAAAAUCGGCAAUCGUACAAAGGCAAGAAACUACAUUACAACCGAUGGAAGUGCCGGAAGAAGAGAACGAGGACGACCCGUCGGCAAUACCCGCGCCGCAAGUGAAAGUCGGCCCCGACGGUCAGUUGAUAAUAGACGAGCAGAGUCUCGUGAUAGAGCAAACGGGCGCGAAAAGGGGCAGAGAAAUAUUGGCGAGCGAGGCUGUUAUUGAGGAUGAUAACAGCCGCAGUGGUGGCUUUUAUAAAAAGCACAAGAGGAGCAAGGAUUGGCCAAACUGGGAGACAUUUAAAUUUUACAGAGUUUUAAAUGUAGUGGGUCCCGAUUUCUUAUUGAUGCAGACGCUUUUCCCAAACAGAACUAGGCAAGAAAUCAAGCAAAAGUACAAGAAAGAGGAGAGAGUUAAUCGUCACUUGGUCGAGAAAGCUCUGAAGUAUCAUCAAGAAUUUGAUACGGAAAUGCUUGAGGAGCAAUUAGCAAUGUUAAAAAAUUUAGAAAAUAUUGAAAAUCACAAAUUGCCGAUUAAAAAGAUGUCGGAAAAAAUGAAGGAUGGACAGCCCGUGACCAAGAAGGCCAGGAGACUCAAACGUCGAUUAGUAGCUGGUAGUAUCGGGGAAUGCGAAUCGUCGUCUUUUAACGAUCCAGAAGUGGAAGAUGCGACGGUAUCGAUGACAGGCGAUGAAAUCGACCUGGCUUCGAUGGAAGCGAAUGUCGAGACAAGCAGUGUUCAGCGUCAGCAAGUGAGGAAGGAAAGCAAAGCGCGAAAAUUGAAGAGACGCGCGGACGACAGAUCCGACAAAUCCGACAAUAACAGUUCUUACGCGAGCUCUAAUGGAGCGGAUUCGGAGAGCGAUCCAGAGGUUUAUCAAGUCCGACCGACCAGAUCUGGUAGACAGCCGAAGGUGAAGAAAUUGCGAGCACCCGACAUUAAUAUGCUCGACAAGAGUGUUGAGGAUACGAUGUCGCUGAAUAGCGAGACCGCGACAUCGUUAGAGGUCACAGAGGAGGCAAAUACACCGGCUGAGGAUAGCAGAAAUGCGGAAACGCCUGAAAGUAUGGCGAUACCAAAUAUCAAUCAGAUGGAACCGGGAUCCUUGGUGAUCGUGUCGAAGGAAUCUGAAGAGGAUCCCGAGGACACUAUUUUACAAGUUUACAUGGUCGGUCCAAACGUCAACGGCGUCGGCACGGGAGUUAAGCCCAAUCUGACGCCUGUAGUAAUUGGUGGUAGAUCUGCACCCGAAGCUCCUGAUGACGGCAACUAAUGAACCAUUAUCGGAAGAUGCCGAAUCGAUUAGGGUAAACGAUUAUAAAAAUUCAUUUUGUGUUGCAUUUAGCUGUAAAUAGGUAGCAUUACGAAUCUCCGAUUGGUCGGGAUUAAAUAUUAACUUACGUGGAUUGUGGAAUAAAAAAAAUACAAUUUUUUUUAUUUAUGUACAUAAAACAUGUAA